GGCGCUGAGAGGCAGCACUGCACCUUCUAUACUGGUAGACAGCACUUCAACCCCCGAUACGAUCUCCUUUUGAUUCUCAACACAAAUUCCUUCUGUACAUGCAACCGACACCAUCCUCCAAACACAAGCAGAGGACAACCUCCUCCACGGCAACCUGCUCCAGCCUAGUGCUCCUAUACAACAGUACUCUCCACGCUCCUUCACUGCCACCGGCACCCAGUCCUUCUUCAGAAAAGUGUCUGUUGUGAGGAUAAAAAAGGCGUCUUGAAUCUCCAAAGGGAUUGUUUUAAACAUUGUGGUGACCCGACCUCACAGUGACAGCCCUCUUUGUCUAAACAACUCGAAUCGCUGACCACUUAUCCCCUGACCCCCUUUCCCCACCGCCACCAACCAGCCCUCUCGCUGGGCCCAGUUUCUCCCGUGAGGAAGCGGAGAAGACUCCAGAUGGACUUGCACAGGGCUGCCUUCAAGAUGGAGAGCUCCUCCUAUCUCCCCAACCCCCUGGCCUCUCCUGCACUGAUGGUGCUGGCCUCCACUGCUGAAGCCAGCCGCGAUGCUUCCAUCCCCUGCCAGCAACCACGCCCCUUCGGUGUCCCAGUCUCCAUGGACAAGGAGGUCCACAUUCCCUUCACCAACGGCUCCUACACCUUUGCCUCCAUGUAUCACCGACAAGGAGCAGUGCCAGGGGGCUUCCCCAGCCGAGACUUCCCUCCCUCCCUUCUUCACCUCCACCAUCAGUUUGCGCCCCCGAACCUGGACUGCUCCCCCAUCAGCAUGCUCAACCAUAGCGGGGUGGGCGCCUUCCGGCCCUUCGCCUCUGUGCCAGACGACCGCGAUGGCAGCGGCUAUCAGUCUGCUUUCACCCCCGCCAAACGCCUCAAAGGCUGCCUGGAGGCCGACGCUUCCCCCCACCUGCGCUACUCCGACUCUGACGGCAAGGAGUAUGACUACGGGGGCGCCCAGAUCUCAUCCAGCUCUCCCGGGUCCCUCAAGGCCGCUGAGGACGCUGGGAAGAAGCUCUUUGUGGUCUCGGGCCUCCUCUCUGACUGCGAUACCUCCCCCAGCCCUGAGGACCGCCACGAGCGCUGCAAGAAAAAGGCUUCUUUGUACGACAGCCAGGCCCCCAUCUGCCCCAUCUGUCAGGUGCUGCUGCGGCCAGGAGAGCUACAGGACCACAUGGAGCAGGAGAUGAACCGGCUCACACAGCUACACCUCAGCAAGAAUCCUGCACUAAAGGACAGCAUUACCCCCAACACACCUAAGUCUAUUUUAUUAUCGGUGCACAUCAAACGUGAAGGAGAAUCACCCACCGCCUCCCCGCUGUCAUCAGAAGACACUCACCACUCCGACAGAUAUCAGACGUUUUUACGAGUCAGAGCAAACAGACAAACACGAUUGAAUGUCGACGACCUCUGCUGGUGCAGGCGCUACACCAAGGAAAGUGGCAAAACCGUGCCUUUACGACUACGCAACGGAGUCUCUGUCGCCCCCUGCUGCAGCCAACACGCUCGGAUUGGGAAGAUGAAGCGCAGGAAGCCAGAGGAUGGGCAGGUAUGUCCGCUGUGCAGCGCACCGCUGGCAGGGACAGAGGAGGAGAUGAGUAGGCAUGUGGAACAAUGUCUGUUCAAGAGAGAAGGCGCGUGCGGGAUGGAGGAUGACUCCGUGGAUAUCGAUGGGGAGAACGGCAAUCGCUUUGAGGAGUACGAGUGGUGCGGGCAGAAGCGGGUGCGAGCCACCUCACUGCUGGAGGGAGGUUUCAGAGGAACUGGCUUUGUGACAUGCAGCACUAAAGAAAACCACGACAGUGAUGCAGAUCUGGAUGUGGAUGGGGAUGACACGUUGGAGUACGGAAAAGCACAGUACACAGAAGCAGACGUUAUACCGUGUUCAGGAGAGGAACCAGGAGAAGCCAAAGAAAGAGAAGCAUUGCGAGGAGCUGUUUUAAAUGGCGGCACACCCUCCACCAGAAUAACGCCAGAGUUUUCUAAAUGGGCCAGUGAUGAAAUGCCCUCAACGAGUAAUGGGGAGAGCAGCAAGCAGGAGGCUGCCUCGACAGCACAGAAGACGUGUAAAAACAGUGAUAUUGACAAGAUUACAGAAGACUCAACAGUGACGACCUUGGAAGCACUAAAGGCUCGUAUCCGGGAGCUCGAGAGACAGCUGGCACGAGGGGACCGGUAUAAGUGUCUCAUCUGCAUGCGGAAGAAAUUCCUAACAAGUGCUGAAGACAAGAAUAUGGAACCCGAAAGUAACAAAUCUGACAGUCGGGGCGCAAAGAAACUCCCGCUCAGCAUAUACUGUUUAUAUAGAGGAUACGUAAUGGGGUGCAGUGGAGUAAAACGGGUGUCCCCACCCAUGAGGGAUUCCUACACAAUGCCCCUGACCUCUAUUCAGUGCUGGCACGUACAUUGUGAAGAGUGCUGGCUUCGAACUUUGGGUGCCAAGAAGCUUUGCCCACAGUGCAACACGAUCACAUCUCCUGGAGACCUGAGGCGUGUCUACUUGUGAAGAAGCAGCUGGCUGGCUGACUGGCCCCUCAGAUGGCAGCAUCUUGUUUUGGAUUUAUUUUACAUUUUUUGUUGUAUUUGAGGCCAAGUUUUUAAAGCACCUCCUAAAACUAAGAGACAAAAGACUGCCUCUCUAAAGGACACUGUUGGAGGUGACCUUGCAGACUUGAUCUCGGAAAAUAACCUGUUCAUUAAUUUAGAUCUUCAUGUGACAACAAUAUAAAGCUGGCUUCCUGUGGUAUGAACAUAUUCCCCUUUUUACACUGGUACAGAAUGGCAGUAUUGUUGCGGUGUUGCUGGUACCAGAUUUGUAUGUGUUGAGCCCAAACCCCACUCACCCUCCUUUCAUGCCACAGAGAUCUAACAGGAGGUGCCAGCUGUAUUGGCUGACCCCCCCCCCCCCCCCCCCCCCCCUCCUCUGCUGCUGCUUCUUCUUCUGUCCCCACUUAGACCACGCUGUCCAGGAGGACCAGACUGAAGGUGGUUAAGGUGCCAGUAUUUGGUAGGAGAGCAAUCACAAAGACUUUGCUGGACCUCAAGACGACCUUGGGGCCCCCUUCGUUAUUGAGUUCUGUGCUUUACAUUUUUUCUUGUGGUGUUUUAGUGAACCAAAUUAGAAGAGAAGAAAAAACACACAGAGCUGAAGCACAUGUAAUAUAGUCUGUGUAUGUUUACAAUGUUGUGUAUUCAUGAAUAGAAUUAAAAAAAAAAAAAAAAAAAAAAAAAAA